AUGGUCACGUUAGCCACUGUAAUUCCAGCACUAGGACAGGAUCAUUUCCAAUACAAGAUCCUACCCUUUGGCCUAUCCAGUACUUCUUUUUCAGAGGUCCUUGCCAUCGUGGUGGCCUACCUCCACAGGAAAGGAACUUUAAUAUUCCCAAACUUGGAUGACUUCCUGCUGAAAGCACCUACAAUAGGCAGCAUCAGAGUGCACCAAACAGACAAUAGCUCUCUGCACAAGGUUAGGCCUCCAGAUAAAUGCACAAAAAUCAACACUAACACCCGUUCAAAAACUAGAGUUGUUGGGAGCCUACCUCAGUUCUCCCGAGGUGUCAGCCUCUCUACCACAACAAUUUCUCACCUUAACCAACCUGAUCUCCACAGCAUGAAGCAGCCUGCAAGUCAUUGCCAGGACUUGUUUGCAACUACUAGACAACGAUAUCUGAAUUUGGACGUUGGAUCUGGACAUGACACAUGUGGAGAAACGUCUUCAGAGAGUUACAGUUCUCCUUCUAGCCCACGACAUGGGAGGGAAAGCUUUGAAAGUGAAGAAGAGAAAGACAGAGAUACAGACAGCAAUUCAGAGGACUCUGGGAAUCAAGAUGCAGCCAGGUUUACUGUUUAUGGUGCCGUUAGUCCAUCAAACAUCAAAGCAGCAGCUCAGAUUCCUUCAGUGAGUAAUGAGAAUGGAAGUAUUUCAGAGGAUCCUUUAAAUUCAAAGUUUCAACAUAUUUCAUUUAUGCCUGCCUUACACUGUGUGAUGCACAAUGGUGCACAGAAACCUGAAGUUGUAGUUCCACCACCCAUAUCUGCUGAUGGUAAAACAAUGGGAAUGCUUGUUACCACUCCUGUUGCUAUAUCGCCAAUGAGAGAAUCUGCAAAUUCAACUCCAGUUGGAAUAGGGCCAGUGACUUCUGGUGAAUCUGAAAAACGCCUUGAGCUGUUGACUUCCCCUCUACCGGUACCAUCCACUUUUCUUCCACAUUCUGUCCAGCCUGGCAGCCCAGCUUUGCACUUGGCAAUACACAGAUUGAAAAUACCCUCUCCGCAGGGAUCAUCUGAAAAUUGCACAGUUAAUGGACCGCAGCAACCAACAGGAAACUUAAGCAUUGGCUCACCAAAUACUGCCUUUAUCCCAGUCCACAGCCCAGGUAGUUUUCCAGGAUCCCCAGUUCCUAAUACAGAUCCCAUCACAAAACCUGCAUCCCAAGUGGUAGGACUGAAUCAAAUGGUGCCUCAUAUUGAGGGGAACACCGGAGCAAUCCCUCAGCCUACCAGUCUAAAGGUAGUUCUUCCCGCAGCUGGUCUUUCAACAGCACCUCCACCGACUUCCUAUACUUUGCCAGGCACUCCUCAUGCUACCAGUGUGUUGCCCAACCAGAAUACAAACGUGCUGAACGCUGUAGCAACUUCCACACCUCAGUCAGCUGGUUUAGGUGUUGGUCAGAUCCAGUCAACUAUUCCCCCUGCAAUACCUACCCAUACACCAGGCCCUGCCCCUAGCCCAAGCCCUGCUUUAACACACAGCACUGCUCAGAGUGACAGCACAUCCUAUAUAAAUGCUGUUGGAAAUACUAACACUAAUGGGACUUUAAUGCCUCCACAGCAGUUGGGGUCUGGGGCUUGUGGUUCUUGUGGACGUAGAUGCAGCUGUGGGUCCAAUGGAAGCCUUCAGAUCAAUAGCUAUUUUUAUCAUAAUCCUAUUCAUGGACAAGUCUACAGAGUUCCACCAUUCUUCACUCUGCCAUCUCUUUGCAAUGGCAGCUACCUCAACCAGGCACAUCAAAGCAAUGGAACACAACUUCCUUUUUUUCUGCCUCAGACUCCAUAUGCAAAUGGAUUGAUGCAUGACCCAGUAAUGGGGAGCCAAGCCAACUAUGGUAUGCAGCAAAUGGCAGGAUUUGGGAGGUACUAUCCUGUAUAUCCAGCACCUAAUGUAGUUGCCAACACAAAUGGAUCGGGGCCCAAGAAGAAUGGGAAUGUUUCAUGUUACAAUUGUGGUAUAAGUGGACACUAUGCGCAGGACUGUAAGCAGUCAUCCAUGGAGGCCAGUCAGCAAGGCACUUACAGACUGAGAUACGCACCUCCCCCUCCCCCUUCCAAUGAUACGUUGGAUUCUGCAGACUGAAACAAGUAAACAUUGCCUACAUAACAAACUGAAGUUUCGGGAAUUGGGGGGGGAGAGAGGGAAUGUUUCCUGUGGUCUUGCAUUUAGGAUAUCCUGGUUUUAUAUUCCUUUGGAAUUUUUCAUUGCUCUUGCACCUCUGUUCAAUACAAAAGAAGAAAAUUGAGUCCCUGAUCUCCUGAGUCUGCAAAAAGCUUUCAUAAUGCAUGCAACUCAAACACACAGCCAAACAAUCAAAAGAGCAUUUCAACCAUACUUUUGCACUGAAGACUUAGGACGUGCAAUGUUUACUGCAUUUUUUAAAAUGUCCUUUGACCUCUGACAUCACUGGUGAAGCAGCCAUAUGGUUGAAAGAAGAAACUUGUCAUGUUCCCUCACAAUCUUCUCCCUUCUGUCCCACCCCACUCCACCUCCAGCCUGUUCUCCUUAUGCUGCUGUUUUUGUUUUUCUCCCAUCUUCACUGUGUGUCCACAUGGUUUCAUUGGCCUACAUGAGUAUUUGGCAGUUUAUACAGACUUUGUCCAUACUAUAGCAAAUUGUUAUGCUCAUGAAUUAUAUGGGAAAAUUGUUUAGUCUUCUGUGAGGAGCACAACUAAAGACUCACAGAAUUGUGUAUAUAUGUAAUAUCUUGUAUUAUACAUACACACAAUUCUGAGUCCAGAGUAAAUGAAAAUACUUCAAGUGGGAAGGGAAUGAAACUGUGUGGACUUGAACAGAUUUAUGAACAUGAACAAGCUUAAACCGAAAGAUCUUAUUUCCAUUGUGAUGUUUUAGCCUGAUUGAUGCAAGAGAAAAAGGGUGGGGUUGGGUGGUAUGAAUGUUGUAUUCCAUGUGUUUGCAUUUCUAAUGAAAGCUGACAGUGAGUCCUUUUUUAAGCUAUUCUACUUCUGUGUCAACACAGAAUGAACAUUACUUGAUUUUGAUUUCCCCCUAAACUAUUAGUGUUGCAUUGUAUUUAGAAUGUAACUUUUGUUCAGAAUGAAAUAAACCAUUUAUGGUUUUCUGCAAAAUAAGUAUUCGUAUUAGGACCAGUCUACCAAAUAGCAAAGUCACUAUUUUAUAAUAAUUUACCACUAUGCGUGAUUAUGGUAUAAUGUGAAAGACUGAAAUGUGUGUGCUAAGAUGGUAUUAAUCAUGUUGGUGUCAUAUCAAUAAGUUUUAAUGCUGCUGUAUUUUUAUUUUUAAAAGCCAAUAUGUACUAAAUUGCUUCCAGGUAAUAUUUGAUUUCCUAAAGUGCACUGAGGUUAUCUGGAAGAUUGAGUGUAUUUUUCAUGACUGCUACAUUCAACACCAAUGAAUAAUUACCACUGUAUAUCCAUAGGUUUUUAGCAUUCCUCACAGUUCAUAGCAGAAAUGAAAGCAAGAUGCUGGUAUGCAGUAGGGUGACAAAAGUAAAACUGUCUGGGGGUUCAGCUGCCUAAUUGCUAAACAAAAACUUGAAGAAAAAAAGCUUAAUUUACUAAAUGUCUUCAUAGGUAGCAUUUAUAUUUAUAGCACCAGUAUACAUUUCUCCGCCUUGGGGUGGGGUGGGGUAGAUGAAAGCUUUACUUUUAAAAAGAAAAGAAAAAGUAAGUAGUAAAUGGAAAUUAUUUUGAUUAAAAAUAUUUUAUUUGAUCUGGGUAUUUUUGGACCGCAUUAUUAAAUGAGUUAACUACAUUUGAGUUUAAGUGAGGGUGUUAAAGCACCAAUGGACUCAGAUUGUGAAUUACCUGCCAGUUGUACUUUAUGGAACUUAUUUUAUGAUUUAAAAUACUGUACUGUAAAUAGGAGGUAUGUUACCUUCUCUUUAUUUGUAUGUUUACCAUAUACUUUGAUAUUUGAAAUGUUAUGUACUGGAAAGGUCACUUAUAUUUCUAGAACAGAUUGGAUUUUAUGCAACCUUUCUUCCUUGAAUUAACAGCAAUAAAAAAGAAAAAAAGCAUC